GUCAGCGGGUCCGAACGGCCAGAGCGGAGCUAGGGGCCCCGGGCGCGGACACAGGAAAGCUGAGCGCGGUAAUAACCGGCCUGGUGCCGGGGCCCUUCAGGCACCUGCUCCCCCACCCACCCGAUCAGCGCUCGCGUAGUGGCCCGCGGCCCCCCACCGGGGUCCAGUCCCUUCCCGGGCCCUCCAUGGCCCGGGCCGCAGCGCUCACGCCGUCGAAAUCGUCGCCGACGUUGCUGCUGUCGCUGCUGCUGCUGCUGGUCUGGGAAACCGGAGCCCAGGACGUGCGUGUCCGUGUGCUGCCUGAGGUCCAGGGCCGCCUGGGGGACACUGUGGAGCUGCCAUGCCACCUGUUGCCACUGACUUCUGAUGUACGCAUCUCCCAGGUGACAUGGCAGCGCCUGGAUGCGGCUGGGGGCACCCCAAACGUGGCCGUCUUCCACCCUUCGUAUGGCCCCAGCUUCCCCAGCCUGAAGCCGGGCCGAGAUCGGCUGUCCUUCGUCGCGGUCGGGCAGGGCACUGACGUGAAGCUGCAGGACGCCACGCUGGCCUUCAGGGGGCUGACGGUGGAGGAUGAGGGCAACUACACCUGUGACUUUGCCACCUUCCCCAAUGGCACUAUCCGAGGAGUGACCUGGCUCAGAGUGAUUGCCCAGCCCCGGAACCACGCUGAAGCCCAGGAGGUCACACUCAGCCUAGAGCCUGUGCCUGUGGCCCGCUGCGUCUCCAGUGAGGGCCGCCCACCUGCCCGCAUUUCCUGGUCCUCGUCCCUGAAUGGGAAGGCCACUGAGACCCAGGUGCCAGGAUCCCUGGCCGGCACCUUCACUGUCACCAGCCGCUUCACCCUGGUGCCCUCGGGCCAAGUAGAUGGUGCAAAGGUCACCUGCAGAGUGGAGCACGAGAGCUUCACGGAGCCCGUCCUACUGCCUGUGACCCUCACUGUACGCUACGCCCCUGAGGUCUCCAUCUCUGGCUAUGAUGACAACUGGUACCUUGGGCGCAGUGAGGCCACCCUGAACUGUGACGUCCGCAGCAACCCAGAGCCCACAGGCUAUGACUGGAGCACGACGUCAGGUGUCUUCCCACCCUCGGCGGUCGUCCAGGGCUCCCAGCUGUUCAUCCAUUCGGUGGACAGACUGCUGAACACCACCUUCAUCUGCACGGUCACCAAUGCCGUGGGCACGGGCCACGCCGAGCAGAUCAUCUUCGUCCGAGAGACCCCCAACACAGCAGGUGCAGGGGCCACCGGCGGCAUCAUUGGGGGCAUCAUCGCGGCCAUCAUUGCAACCGCCGUGGCCGCCACAGGCAUCCUCAUCUGCCGGCAGCAGCGGAAGGAGCAGAGGCUGCAGGGGGCAGAGGCAGAUGAUGACCUGGAGGGCCCUCCCUCAUACAAGCCCCCGACCCCGAAGGCGAAGCUGGAAGAGCUGGAGAUGCCCUCCCAGCUCUUCACCCUGGGAGCCUCAGAGCAUAGUCCACUCAAGACCCCCUACUUUGAUGCUGGCGUCUCAUGCACAGAGCAGGAAACGCCUCGAUACCAUGAGCUGCCCACCCUGGAAGAGCGUUCCGGGCCUCUGCUCCUGGGGGCCACAAGCCUGGGGCCCCCCAUCCUGGUGCCCACGGGGUCACCUGCUGUGGAAGGGGUUUCCCUGGAGUUAGAAGAUGAAGAGGAGGAGGAGGAGGAAGACUAUCUGGACAAGAUGAAUCCCAUUUACGAUGCCCUGACCUACACCAGCCCCUCUGAGUCCUACCAGGGCAAAGGUUUUGUCAUGUCCCGGGCCAUGUACGUCUGAUCCCUCGGCUUCCUGCCAGGGGUCUAGUGCCCCUUUACCUCUGGCCAGGCCACUGCCAGUUAACACACAUGCAUCACAUCUGUGACUUCUACCUUGGUGGCUCCACGGUGACGUUUAACUCCUGACCUCUGACCCAGAGAAACCCACUGGUCACCUUAUCUCCUGAGGUCAUGGGGGUAAGUUUCUGUAUAACCUCUAAGCUGAGGACUCCUCUCAAGGCUGUGACCUUAAAACAUACCUCUCAUCUCCCCACUGACACCUCCAAACCCCUCCACUAUCCCGAAGAAGACCCCAGACCUCUGAUUUGUCUUCAGGCAGUAAACUCCCAAUAGCUCUGCUGGGGUGGGCGGUGGGGGCUCCCUGCUGCUCAGACCUGAGCCCUCCAGGCAGCAGAGCUCCACUCGCCUCCUGCUACCUCUGUCUGAUCCCCGAAGGAGGCAAGGAUGGAGGGAUUCCUCAGCCCAAGGCAGAGCUUCCUUUCUCCUCCCUCCUGCAGGCAGGAGUCUCAGGACCCAGACCCGCCCCUGAGCCCCCACCACCCCCAAUUCCUGUGGAUGGGGCAUGGAGCCCCAGCCCAGGGCUAGAAGUGGUGAGCCCCGGCAGGGUGUGCUUUGAUGGUCCCAGCCUUGGAAGAAGAAUUUGCUGUUACCUUGGAGACUACUGAGUCGUUUUGCCCCUACCCAGUGGCAUGGGCGCCCAAACAUCCCUCUCGGGGCAAAGUGGGUCACCUGGGUUGGGGGUAGCGGACCUGAUACUGUUUUGUACACUAACAUUUCCCAUAAAAUAUGAGUUUAUACUUUGA